AGUGUUGAGUGGGCGGAUAGUUUUGAUUUUCUCUCCAUCUCGCUCAGCCAAUAAUGUAGAGGGAAGUGUUGUGCACAUCUCAGCUGGCAGACAUUUAAAAGGGAGACAGUCCGGCGCUGCAGCAAUUUCUAUUAAACCCUCCUGGCUCCUGAUCCUCUGUCUAUGGAGAGGUUAGUCUCCCACCCAUCCACAGACCCUCGAGUGUUCAGUCCACAGCAGUAGGUGCCCAUCACAUCGGGAGGAUCACAUCAUCACACUUGGUGCAGUGGAGGCUCGCACAGGAUGGCCAACUCAACUUGUAUCUUGUGCAGUAUGGUUCUCAUCAUGGUGCUGCUGCUCUCCUCCUAUCCAGUGGAGUCCAAAAGAAACCGAGGUUCACAAGGCGCCAUCCCUCAUCCGGACAAAAACAACCCCAACCAAUCGGAGCAGCAACCUCCUCAGCAGCCUGGCUCCGGGUCCCGGCAGAGACAAGGCUCGUCCUCGUCCUCGUCCUCUCCGGCCGACGAGGUGCUGGAGUCCAGCCAGGAAGCGCUGCAUGUGACGGAGCGUCAGUAUCUGAAGCGGGACUGGUGCAAGACGCAGCCGCUGAAGCAGACCAUCCACGAGGAGGGCUGCGUCAGCCGCACCAUCAUCAACCGCUUCUGCUACGGACAGUGCAACUCCUUCUACAUCCCGAGACACAUCCGCAGAGAGGAGGGCGCCUUCCAGUCCUGCUCCUUCUGCAAGCCCAAACGAUUCACCACCAUGACUUUUACUCUGAACUGUCCGGACCAGCAGCCACCCACCAAGAAGAAACGCAUCCAGCGCGUCAAACAGUGCCGCUGUAUAUCCAUAGACCUGGACUAAACACAUGGAUGUUGUGCGUAAAUGGUAAAUGGACUUGCAUUUAUAUAGCAGCUUUUCUAGUCUUCCGACCACUCAAAGCUCUUUUACACUACAUGUCAGUAUUCACACACACAUUCAUACACUGAUGGCAGAGGCUGUUAAGGUGCCAA